UACUUCAGUACAAUUGUGUCUCUGUAGUACUCCACCUCUGCUCCCAGGGCAAUGCUGUGGUUUUGUUUUCCGUUUAGGUCUUUCAUCAUCUUCCCCAUCAGACCUCCACUUCUCAGUCACUCUCUCCAUCGUGUCACUUCACGUCCUGCUUAUCAAAGAGCUUGAUGAUGGCUAGCCUUGCUGUGACCCUAUUCAUUUUACUCCAAGCUAUUUCUACACUGGCUGCCAAUGAGAUUACAUCACCUUCACCAUCUAAUAUCACAAAUUCAACCCUGGACACACUUCAAGAAUCUAACAGCAACACAAACGAUAUUACAACUUCUAAAGCACCUAGUCAAGACAUCUCCAGUAAUUUGCUAUCCAAAAAUGAGUCUUCAACAACUUUCAGAUCAGUUGACGACGUUACAUUAACGACAGUUUCACCAAUACAAGUGGACGAUGAGGAUAUUUCAACUACAAGCAACAUAACUGGGACUAUGCAUAAUAUUACUGAUAUCACGAGAUAUGGCACAACUUCAAAUAACAAAAUCAAGCAACAAACAAUGGCUAAUGAAUCACUGAUACACAUCAAUGUAACCAAAACUUGUCCAACACUGAUAGAAGAUAACAAGAAUUUUACUUCAAGCUGUAGUGAAGCGAAAACCACCUCAAACAAUCAAGAAAACAACACAAAAAAUGACUCAGAAAUUUCAAAAAACAAGGAUAAAAAAACAAAACCGGCACCUUGGAUUUUACCAACUCUUUUGAGCAUUGUGGCACUGUGUUUGAUCGCAUUGUUCAUUCAUGCAAAAUGGGAAGAUUGGGGGAAAAACCAACCAAGGCGUAGUAUUAAAGAUGAAGUUUUGAAUGGGAUUUGUAGUUUUAGAGACUGUUUAUGGGCUCAGAUUUGUUUUUCUGGUUUGGAAAGACAACAACCUGAUGAAGAAUUGGGUGAUACAACAGAUGCGGAGGAGAUUGGGGUAGAAGAUAAAAGAGAAAAUGGAAUAGAAAGUGGUUUUGGUGGAAGAGAGGUGGGAGAGAUUUGUAAUGGUGCAGAUAAACAAGAGGGAGGUUGUAAUGUAACCUUUGAGGAAACUAAAUUGUAAUGCAUUUUUCAUAACAAAUUUUUAAUAUUAUUACAUCAACAGAUACAAUUUAUAUACAAAUAAAAAUUUCUUAUUCUA